UUAGCCCCCCCAAAUUUGUUUUAUUAAUAACUUUUAAACUAAAAGUGUGCAAACGAAAAAUCGAGGUGUGCAUAAAUGUGCAAACGAUGUGCAAUCGAAUGAGCUAAAAAAAGUUAUUUUUUUUCAAUUUCGGGGGGCUAACUUCACGCAGGUCUCGCUCCUGCAUUCUCGCGUUUUCUCACACUCCAUCAUUCCACUCGCAUCCACUCUCGCUCGCUAUCCUUCUUGAGCUUGUGUUGGUGCUUGCUUUCCUCUCAACCACACUGCGGGGCUGUGCUCUCUGUCACACUACCAUCCCGCCUUCUCGCGGAACGGAAUCAGCAGCUCAUUCCGCCGAACAGUUCGCGAACACCGUUUCUUCGGAAACUCCUGUCAGGCUCAAAAGUAAAGUAUCCUUCGCUACUAGCAGAAUCAGUUUGUACUUUCAUUGUUGCGCGUCAAAUGUUGAAGUACGGAUUAACUCUGCUUAUGGCAAAGGUUAGUUUAUUUUAGAGGUGAUGAGUUUUUGUCUGAAAAGUUUAAUUUCUCUCAGUGAAUAGAAUAUAGAUGAUUUUUCGAGAAUAUUCUCAAAAAAAUAUAUUUGAGAGCUAUAAAGAAUUUUCGUAUUCUGUGUUAUUUAAGACAUAUUUUAAAAUUUAAUAAAGACGAAAUAAUAAUUUGCACAUUGAUUAAGCAUCUUAAAAUAAUUGUUUUAGGUCAUUUAUCACGAAAUGGAAAUGUUUGUGAAACAAUCAAAUGAAAAGGCAAAUAUAAUAUUGCAACGUUAUGUUGACAAUUACAAGUUUAUUUACGGCAGUUAUAUUUUAUGGGCUUGGAUAUCAGUGGUUGUCGUCGUUUCCGGACCAAUAUAUCUUCCAGACGAAUUUCCUACUAAUGCAGUAUAUCCAUUUUCUGUGGAGCAUCCCUUAAUAAAAAGUAUAAUUUAUUUACAGCAAUCAAUAGCCGGCUUUCAAGUUUCUGCUUCAAUGUCUAUCGAUUACAACAUUGCGAUUCUUUUACUUUAUUGUGCAGCAAGAUUAGAAUUGUUAACCCAAAACAUCCGUACUGUCAUAAAUGAAAAUGAAUUAAAUACGUGUAUUAAAUUUCACAAUGAAAUAUUAAGAUAUACGAAAGAAGUGAUUAGUGUGAUAACACCUAUGAUUUUCACUACGAUAAUGACGACAGCUAUGUCAGUUAUUUUUGGAAGUUUAUAUAUAAUAACUGAUCAGCCUCUAAUGGUCAAACUGCAAUAUGCCGCCAUAGUAUUCACCGCUAGUAUGGUACUUUUUGCGUGUUCUUUGUCAGCUGAUAAAUUAAUGCAUAUGAGUAACAGAAUUUGUUUGGGAGCGUAUGAGUCACAAUGGUUUAAAGGAAGCGUGAGCAUGCAAAAAAAAAUCAUUCAAAUUCUUUUCAGAGCGCAGAAACCUGAAGUUAUCAGCAUUACUGGUAUGAUUCCAGCUUUGACGUUGCGUUACUACAUAGGGGUAAGGAUAAUGCAUUUUUUUAAAUAUGUAUGCAUAUUCAUAUACAUAUACACAGGGAGAUUCAGAACAACCAUUUGUCCUUAAAGUGUUGUAUAACUGAGUCAUUUCUGAGACGAUUUUUCCUUUGCCAAAAUUGUGAGCAAUGCCUAGUUUUUAAACUAGAAGCAAAAAUAGUUGGCGAAUGACAGGUUGCAUACGGAUGGUAGGCAGGGGCGGCGUACUCAUCACCCGACGCGGGCGCUUACGUCGGGUACUAGUGGCAAUUAACUGAUUGCUCUCUAAUGACAAACGAUGUUCUGAUACACAUUUACAUAUACCACACACACACGCACAUGCACACGCAUACGCACACGCACACGCUCACGCUCAUGUUCACGCUUGCUUACUCGCUCACUCGCUCUCUCUCUCUCUCUCUCUCUCUCU